AAUCUGUCAUACUUGUCAGUCUGCUGUCAGUCUCGUCUCAUCUUGUUUCUUUGAUUUUUUUGUUGUGUAUUUAUUUUUGAUUUAUAAUCAUAAUUAAAUUAUACAUUGGUUACACAGCUAUUUAUCGUGUCACCGAUAUUCCUAUAAGUGCUAAACUUCAGUGCUACACAUAUCUACAAAUCCACAGUGAUCACGAAAAGCUAUUGGUGUUCGAGUUAUUGUAAAAUAGUUUUUAUAAGACAGUGAAAAUGCCAGGCAUUGCAACCAUGUCCCUUGACAAUAUGUUUUGCACCCGCUGUGGUGAAGGUUUUGAGACCAAUAAAAAGAUCGUCAACUCCAAUGGAGAACUCUGGCAUACCAACUGUUUUGUAUGCGCCCAAUGCUUCAGAGUGUUCCCAGAGGGUAUUUUUUACGAGUUCGAAGGCCGCAAGUACUGUGAACGUGAUUUCCAGGUGCUAUUUGCUCCAUGCUGCGGAAAAUGUGGCGAGUUCAUCAUCGGUCGCGUGAUCAAAGCGAUGAACGCUAACUGGCACCCUGCCUGCUUCCGUUGCGAGGAGUGCAAUGUGGAACUAGCAGACGCCGGCUUCAUCAAGCAUGGCGGUCGUGCUCUGUGCCACGGCUGCAACGCGCGCAUCAAGACCGACGGCCUGCAGAACUACAUGUGCCAUAAGUGCCAUGGCGUGAUCGACGGCGAGCCGCUGCGCUACCGAGGCGAGGUGUAUCACGGGUACCACUUCACGUGCGCCACGUGCGGCGUCGAGCUCGACCACACCGCGCGCGAGGUCAAGCACCGCCCCGGGUACGCUGCCAACGACGUGAACAAUCUAUUCUGCCUCCGCUGCCACGACAAGAUGGGUAUACCGAUCUGCGGCGCUUGCCGCCGCCCCAUCGAGGAGAGAAUCGUAACUGCCCUUGGCAAGCAUUGGCAUGUUGAGCACUUCGUUUGCGCCAAGUGCGAGAAGCCUUUCCACGGCCACCGCCACUACGAGAAGAAAGGGCUGGCCUACUGCGAGCAGCACUACCACCAGCUCUUCGGGAACCUGUGCUAUGUCUGCAACCAAGUCAUUGCUGGUGAUGUAUUCACGGCGUUGAACAAGGCGUGGUGCGUGCACCACUUCGCGUGCGCGGUCUGCGACGCGCCUCUCAGCACGCGCAGCAAGUUCUACGAGUACGACGAGCGGCCCGCUUGCCGCCGCUGCUACGAGCGUCUGCCUUCCGAAUUACGCCGCCGUUUGCGCCGCGCGCAUAACUACACGCUAAAACGCAAUUAGACGAUUGUCUAUUGUUCCGCGUCAAAAAAAAACUAAUCUUGCAUUAAAACGUCACAGCCCUAUAGCCGCCUAACUAGUGCCGUAGUGUAAGCGUUGCGUCGCAGUGCGUCAAGUUCUACGAGUACGACGAGCGGCCCGCCUGCCGCCGCUGCUACGAGCGUCUGCCUUCCGAAUUACGCCGCCGUCUGCGCCGCGCGCAUAACUAUACACUAAAACGCAACUAACUGGCUGGAGUGGCUGGCUGGUUAUUUACUCCACGUCAAAAAAAAACUAAACUCCGCCGCAUUCACUGUUAUUAUGUAGAACGUCGCAACCCUAUAGUCGCCUAAAGUGCCGUAGUGCCAGCGGUGCGUCGUAGCGUCAAGUUCUACGAGUACGACGAGCGGCCCGCCUGCCGCCGCUGCUACGAGCGCCUGCCUUCCGAACUGCGCCGUGCGCAUAACUACACGCGGUUGUCUAUUUCACCGGCGUCAAAAAAAAAAAAACAUCCACGCAUUAAUAACAGUUUAUCUAAAGAACGUCACAUCCCUUAGUCGCCUAAGUGCUAGAAGUGCGUUACGUAGCGUUGGCAAGUUCUAAGAGUACGACGAGCGGCCCGCCUGCCGCCGCUGCUACGAGCGUCUGCCUUCCGAACUACGUCGCCGUCUGCGCCGUGCGCAUAACUACACACUAAAACGCAACUAACUGGCUGGUUAGGUUAUUUACUCCACGUCAAAAAAAACUAAACUCCGCCGCGCAUUCAGUUAUUAUGUAGAACGUCACAACCCUAUAGUCGCCUAAAGUGCCGUAGUGUAAGCGUUGCGUCGCAGUGCGUCAAGUUCUACGAGUACGACGAGUGGCCCGCCUGCCGCCGCUUCUACGAGCGUAACGCAAACGGAACUAACUGGCUGGUUGUGAACGAUUGUAUUUUCUUUUUCUCCGUGUCAAAAAAAGUUAAAAGAUCCGCGCGUUAAAUAACCGAUAACUGCCCGAAAACAAAAAAAAACCUAUAACGUCCCUGUAUGCACUGUAUGCGUAGUGACUUAUGGAGGAAAAAUUAUGGAACUCGGCCGCGAGAAAAUUAGUAUAGGACUUGUAUGACUAACUAAAAGUAACCAACAUAGCGUGCAGAACUGCCAAAUUAAAUGGCAGUGGGCGCGGCUCGCUCGCUGAGUAAAUAUACUUUAGCAACGUUGCACGAUAAAAGUGCCUUAGUGCUAGCAGUGCUUUCCCGGUGCCUAGAAUCCUUGCAAAGGACAUCAAUGUGUGCACUGCACUGAUCCAAGUUGACAAUAUUUAGGAAAAAAGCCAACUGUCAAGUUAAAUGAUCUGCCUUUUUAUACAAACCUAUAUUUAUAAAUCAAAGAAUAUGAAUUAUAAUUCCAUAUAUUACAUUUCUAACUUUUAUAAUAUACAUUUAUGUUUAAUGUUAAAAUGACACAAUUUUAAAUCUAGCUGUAAGUGUAUUUCUUAAAAUAAUAAUGCGCCUCAAGUGCCUAGAUAUAAAAAAUGCUAUUGCCGCCGCAAGCUCGGACUUAAUAGCGAUAUGUAUUAAAAGUUGAAGUGCCUACGCUAUAAGGAAAACUAAAAAAUACUAUUGAUAUACAUUAUUGUUUAGAUUUGUGCAUAAACGGAAUAAGAUGGGCCCGUAUUACGAAACGACGUUUAAAGCUUAAUUGAAACCUAAGCAUUCUGUAUUGUUUUAAAUUACUGAGAUGUAACAAAACUGGUUUGAUCUGUGGUUGACAAUUUUUAGCGCCCGUUUUGUAGUACUUUAUUUUAUGAACUAAUUAUAUUUUUUUUGUUAAUGAAUACUUUAAUUAGUUUAAUAAUGGAAUAAUUUAGUAACUAAAAGUAUGUGUAUUUAACCAUUAAAAUUGCCAUAUUGGUUUUAAUAAAAAUUGUAUUUACUAAAA